UAAAUAAAUAAAUAAAUAAAAAGAGAAGAAAACAAAAACCUAAUUCCUCCGUCGAAAGAAAUGCUUCAACAAUGGUGAUUUUCAGGUCUCUCAAAUCAAUCCUCCGAAACUCAAACACCAUAGCUCGAACCUUCCUCAUUCCAACAACCUCAACAACAAUCACUCUUCCCUUUUCUCCAUUACUGCACAACGCACUUUUCCCCCUUCCUUCUCACCACAACGGCCCUCUCUUCCUCGCUUCCCCGCCGUGGAAACUCUCUCAAUCCGCAACCCCUCUUUAUCACCACCCUAAAGCCGUCGUUUUUCGCCGCAAGGUCAGCGCCAUCAACCUCGAUUUGAUUCGAAUCGCAACAAAAACCCCUUUACCACUCCACAACCAUGUUGAUUCCAGUUCAGACCAAUCUCCUCAACACACACUUCUAUACACUUUCCUCAAUGCCCCAAAUCUCAUAUCUAUUACUCGAUUGAUUUCGGGUCCUUUUCUUGGAUGGAUGAUAGUGAAUGAUAUGUAUACUUCAGCAAUGGUGGGGUUGGCUAUCUCUGGAGCUUCUGAUUGGCUUGAUGGGUAUGUGGCUAGGAAGAUGAAGAUUGAUUCUGUAGUAGGUUCGUACCUUGAUCCCCUUGCUGAUAAGGUUCUUAUUGGUUGUGUUGCUGUUGCAAUGGUUCAUCAAGAUCUACUGCAUCCUGGACUCGUUGGACUAGUCGUAUUCCGAGAUGCCUUCCUUGUCGGUGGUGCGGUAUUUCAAAGAGCUAGUAGCUUGGGUUGGAAGUGGAAAAGCUGGUAUGAUUUUUGUAACCUCGAUGGGACCGGUCGCAAAAAAGUCGAACCACUCUUUAUAAGCAAGGUGAAUACAGUGUUCCAGUUAGCGUUAGUUGCUGCAGCUCUUCUUCAACCCGAUUUUGGAACUCCAGAAACUCAAGAAUACAUUACUUAUCUAAGCUGGUUAGUUGCUUCAACAACAGUGGGAUCUAGUGCGGCCUAUGGUUUACAAUACAUGAAAAGAUCUGCAGUUGUAUUAAAGUCGACAUAGUUGAAAUUUAGUUGGAGUGCUGAUUUGAACAGUGUGCUUUUUUUGCAGCCAAAUGAAAGUAUAAUUAUCACCUUAGUUAAGGAAAAGAUAGAAGAAAAUUUACGUUUAUUGACCUGUUCUGUCAAUGGACUAAACAUGUGCGGAUCUGAGAAUUUUGAGUAGAGAUGGUAGCAUAUAUAUAACUUUUGAAGCAUAUAUUGUUUCAUUUCUCAAGCAAAAAUGUACAUUAUAAUAGUUCUCUAUAAUUUUCAUAUUUUUGAAA